CGGUCGGUCCGUUCUCGAGAUGUGUUUUCGCCCUCACUGGACCAUGAAUCGCGAGGCUUGGCCCUGCCAUUUUCAAUAGUCAGAUCUCUUCGCUUGUUAUUCCUUUCUUGGACAUUACUACCUCUUUUCAGCCAUGCAUUCACAAGCCACCAAAAGACCAGAAGUGUCGUCCCCGUUGUUAGCGGCAAGGCACAGGCAAGCAAAGAUCAAGAGUGAUGUCUAGACCAGACUCUUGUGCCUAGACCAUCUUUUCAGCUGAGGACCAGCGCGAUUGCUAUCUUGGUAUCAGAACUUCAAUGAGGCAAGAAGUUAGGAUAUAUCGUGUAGUCAAUUUCUUCAUAUGAUUGCCGAGUGGUAAUCCGCCUUUCCAUUGUUCAAACACCAUAACUGCAGUAUCGCAGCAACCAUUCCAAUAUAUACUUCAGACGCUUUCUUAUAUCGAGUUGAUAUCAGUCAUUAUUCACAGCAUUUUUGUGGGUUACGAACCCCAUCCAACUAUGGAAAAAUCACACUCUGUGAGAGGGUCGAUACACCAUGACUUCCUCCAAAAUCCCUUUGAUACCCCUGACAACCGUUCUUCUGUUGGAAGACCACUAUCCGUUCAUUCCGUUUCAACAUCACGGUUCUCUCAGCUUGGUAGCAGACCACGAAAACAGCGCAAGUUCAAGUCAGCCCGUCUAGUGGGGCCGUAUGAGAAGCCAUGGCUUGAGCGCCGUGAUCCUCGAAAGAUAUGGGACAGGAUCAUUUUCUUAGCCGGGACGGUCCUUGGUCUUGGUAUCGCGGCAUAUAUCGUAUACACAGGCUGGAUUUCCGUAGACAACCCAGACUAUUGUUUGGUAUUCUCUGACGAUUUCUCCAACGGUGUGAGCACCGAAAACUGGUCAUACGAACAACAAGUCGGCGGCUUCGGUGCGCACUCCUUUGACUGGACCACCGAUGACACCAAAAAUGUCUAUGCCGAUGCCAGUGGCUUGCAUCUCGUGCCUACGCUCACAACCCAGGUGACCGACAUCACAGAGGCUCAGCUGUUGGAUGGAUAUACACUCAACCUCACUACGUCUGGAGUAUGCACAAGCACUGAUGAUGGUGAUUGUGCAAGAGUAAGCAACUCGACCAAAGGUACAAUCAUCAACCCGGUCAGAAGUGCACGCAUCAAUACCAAGGGAAAGCAUAGCAUUCGCUAUGGCAAGGUCGAGGUCACUGCCAAGCUUCCUCGAGGUGAUUGGAUCUGGCCUGCGAUCUGGAUGAUGCCCGAGGACAGUGUCUAUGGGGACUGGCCACGCAGUGGUGAGAUCGACAUCAUGGAGUCCAGAGGCAAUGACCGCAACUACAACGGUGGCCGUAAUGAAGUCGCCGGAACACUUCAUUGGGGCCCAGAAACGUCGUUGGACGCAUACUGGCGCACCAGUGCUUCUCGCAACAUGAAGCGCGGUGACUACUCUGAUGAUUUCCACAUCUAUGGUGUUGAGUGGAGUGAUAGCUACAUCUACACAUAUGUAGACAAUCGCCUUGUGCAAUCACUAUACAUGCCAUUCGGCUCCUCGUGGGGUAGCUUGUAUGACCGAGGCUACUUUGGGUCGACCACUGUCAAUGCCUCCAUCCCUACGAACCCCUGGGCUAGCUCAAGCUCAAAGACACUGAAUGCUCCGUUUGACCAGUCGUUUUAUCUCAUCUUGAACGUGGCAGUAGGCACUACUGGGGGCUACUUUGCUGAUGGUUACGGCCAGAAGCCAUGGGUCGAUACCUCAGAGAAAGCCAUGCAUCAAUUUUGGAAUGCACGGGAUGCAUGGCUGCCCACAUGGGGUAGUGGUGAUCAGAAAGGCCUGACAGUCAAGAAUGUCAACAUGUGGAGUAGAGGCAAGUGUUGAUCUUCUUAAUGAUAAUAAUAGUAUUGGCUUCACGUUCGUAUCGUUCGAGUUUGCUCUAUCGUGUUGUCCUCGCAAUUUAUGGAGUGUAUUUCUUUUUCACUCAAAAUCGAUAGUCUGUAGCGUGGGAGUAGAUCAUACAAAUUUUAGCGUAGAA